AUGGCCGAGGAAUUCCACAUCCUGACCCAGGAGUACCUGGGCAUCAGAGAAAAGAUCCACAUCGUUGGCCACGAUAUUGGAGGCAUGAUCGCAUUUACAUACGCAUUGCGCUACGCUAGCGAUGUAGCCAGUGUCAUCUGGAGCGAAUUCCCACUCCCAGAAACGUCGAACUAUGAAGAGAACCAACCUACGCCGGCUCUGUUCCAUUUCGUGUUCCAUCAGAUCCGUGAUCUGCCCGAGACCUUGAUCGCUGGUAAGGAGCUUGAGUACCUUACACACUUUUACCACAGACUGGCAUACAACAGUAUGGGUAUCACAGUAGAAGAUGCUGGUUUUUACACGCUUGCGUUCUCGCAACUUCUCGCAACCCGGCGCUAUCAGGGCAGGUUCGGAAGUUUACCGCUCGUUCGAGCAAGAUGCGGAAGAAAACAGAAAGUGGUUGAAAGAGAACGCGAAAGUGAAGGUCCCAUCGCUUGUGAUGUUGGGCGCUCAAAGUGGGUUAGCAAAGCUCGCUGA